AUGAACUCGACAUUCGUUACUGCCCUGUCGAGGGCUCUGCCUACCGUUGGCCGCUCGUGUCAGAUCCGUGCCCCUGCUUUCCGUCUUACGAGACCCUUCUCAUCGACUCCCGCAAUUCUCGAAAGCGCAAAGGAGAAGACCCGUCAAAUCGAGAGAGAGAUUCUGAACACCCCUGCGGAGAAGCAACCCGCCCAAGAGAAUGCGUCAUUCUCUGCGAUCACCAAGAUGAUGCAGGGCGAGAAGGUUCGCUCAAACCAGGGUGUGAGUCGUGACUACUCCCGGAUGGCCGAGAGCCUGGAAGCAGAGUUGAUCAACCAGCCGUAUGCCGAUCGGUCUCCUCCUUACCACCUUCAUGUCUACUGCCACAAGCACAACACCAUUAUGACAUUGACACGGCCGAAUGGAGACCCAAUGUUGGCUAAGAGCUGCGGUCACCUUGGAUUCCGCAAGUCUAAGCGUUCGGGUUACGAAGCCGCCCACCAGCUGGCGUCGCACGUCUUUGGCCAGAUACAAGAAAGGGGCUUUUUGUUGGAAAUCAAGCGCUUGGAAAUUAUCUUCCGUGAUUUCGGACAAGGCCGUGAAGCUGUCACCAAGGUUUUGCUCGGUAACGAAGGAAGGAACAUCCGCGGCUUGGUUUGUCGGGUGACGGACUCCACCAGACUCAAGUUUGGUGGUUCGAGAAGCCCCAGGGUUCGCCGUCUUGGUUAA